AUGAGUUUGAUAGAUGCGAUGAAAGAGAUGAAGGCUCAAGUGCAGAGCAUGGCAAACGAGAUCGCCCUAAACAAUCAGGCAAACAUUGACUUGAAGUCUGAAUUCACAGAAAAAUUCAAGACAAUGCAAGCCACAAUCGCUAGUGAGGUUCACCAAAUAUACGAACCGAUUAAACGACAUGUAACGGGUUUGACAAAAAUCGUACAGGACAACGAGUCAAGAAGGGCUGUAACCGAAGUAAGUAUGGCGCAAAUGCAACUGGAUGUGAACGCGAUCAAAAAAAGGGUCGAAAACCUUGAACAAAAGGACAAAAUUGAAAGUCCAAACACGGAAAGUACGCGGAUUGUCCAGAAACCGAACAAAAAAGUUUCUGACGACGAAUCGGAAGAGGAGCCGGAAAAAGAAAGAAGAGAACGGAUUCGGACGAUGCUACCACUAGAAAUGCAUCCGAAUAAAAUCAAAAUCAAACCUCCCACAUAUGAUGGAUCGGAGAAAAAGAGACCAAUGAAAUUCAUCAAAGAAUUUCGGAGGUAUUGUGAAUUCACCAACCCCACCAUAACUGAAAUGAAAUAUUUAUUGGGACAAUGUCUGAAGAAAGCGGCAAAGGAAUGGUGGGUUCUUAUCGAGGAUCGUGUCAAGGAUUUUGAUGAAGUAGAGAAGAAAUUCGUGGAGCGCUUCUGGAGUAUGGAUGUGCAGAGAAAAGUGAGAAAGGACCUCGAGUUUGGACACUACUCGGAUAAGGACAGUAAAAUAUCUAAAUUGGAAUAUACAAUCCACAUUUUUGGAGCCGCAAAAGAUCUCAUCCCUCCUCCCAGUGAUGAGGAUAUAAUCGCGUCGCUCUCGCAACACUACACGGACGAAAUCCAAGCAACAAUUAUCAGCCGGGGAUUCAAGACGCUCGAACUAUUAAUUGAAUUCCUGGGGAAAAUGGAUCGGCAUGGACCAAUUAAUUCGAAAAAAGAGAAGGAAGCUGCUCAAUCCUCUCCAAACCAGAAUCAAAACAAAAACGAACAGCGACCGUUCCGCAUGCCACAGCAAAACAAUUGGAAUAACCAAGGAGGUUACCAAAACCGUGGAAAUCAGAAUUGGAAUCAAAACAAUCGACCAAACAACGGUGGAUUUAAUAACGGUUGGAACAAUAACUUUAAUAAUCAACAAAACCGAAAUUUUAAUCAGAAUUACGACCAACGACAAAAUAACGGCAACUUCAAUCAACAGAAUCGAAGUUAUCAACAAAAUUACCAACGUCCCAACAAUGGAAAUUACAAUCAGCGACAAAACUAUCAAAACGGCAAUGGACGCCAGAAUCAGAAUCCAAAUUGGAGACCAAAUCAGAGCAAUGGAGGAUACAGGCCGCCGAAUAAUCCAAACGAUCAUCGACAAAUUGAUGAACAGCCUCAACCGAUACAAGCAAUCGAAGUUCGCCAAGAACCACAACCCUCAACAUCAGCGGCGAGAAACGAAUAA